GCUGGCUUCCGGACAGUCGGAUCCGCCCGCCGGGAGGAGGAGGAGGCUCGGCUGGGGAUGAGGUGUCCCCCACCUGAAGAGGACAAGUUGGGUCCCAAGCCAUGCCCCUAAGCUGAGUGCCUGCAGCCAGCCUGGAGCCCCAUGGCGCCUCCUCUUCCCAAGGAGAAAGGACUCACUUUGCCUCAGGAAUGCCAGGACUUUGUGCACAGCCUGAAGAUUCGGGGCAAAUACGCCUUGUUCCUGGCAUUUGUGGUCAUAGCUUUUGUCUUCAUCGAAAAGGAAAAUCAAAUUAUAUCCAGGGUAUCGGACAAGCUGAAGCAGAUCCCUCAAUCUGUGGCAGAUGUUAACAGCACCGACCCAGCCUUGCUCUUACCGGAAAACGCUUCUCUCUUAUCCCUGAGCGAGCUGGAUUCCACCUUCUCUCAACUGCAGAGCCGCCUGCGCAACCUGAGUCUGCAGCUGGGCAUGGAGCCAGCAAUGCAGGCUCAGUGGGGUGCAGCAGAGAAGCCAUCCCAGCAGGCUAGAGCAGGGAACCGGCGCCACGUGCUCCUCAUGGCCACCACCCGUACCGGAUCCUCCUUCGUGGGCGAGUUCUUCAACCAGCAGGGCAAUAUCUUCUACCUCUUCGAGCCGCUGUGGCACAUCGAGCGCACUGUGUUCUUCCAGCAGGGGGGCGCCAGCGCAGCGGGCUCAGCGCUGGUCUACAGGGACGUCCUCAAGCAGCUGCUGCUGUGUGACCUGUAUGUGCUCGAGCCCUUCAUCAGCCCUCCGCCAGAGGACCACCUGACUCAGUUCCUAUUCCGCAGGGGAUCCAGCCGCUCACUCUGCGAGGACCCAGUGUGCACCCCCUUCGUCAAGAAGGUCUUUGAAAAGUACCACUGCAGGAAUCGUCGCUGUGGGCCCCUCAACGUGACCUUGGCAGCCGAGGCCUGCCGCCGCAAGGACCACAUGGCCCUCAAGGCUGUGCGCAUCCGUCAGCUGGAGUUCCUGCAACCGCUGGCCGAGGACCCCCGGCUGGAUCUACGAGUCAUCCAGCUGGUGCGCGAUCCCCGGGCCGUACUGGCCUCACGCAUGGUGGCCUUCGCGGGCAAGUAUGAGAGCUGGAAGAAGUGGCUGACCGAGGGGCAGGACGGGCUGGGCGAGGAUGAAGUGCAGCGCUUGCGCGGCAACUGCGAGAGCAUCCGGCUGUCUGCAGAGCUGGGCUUGCGGCAGCCCGCUUGGCUGCGCGGCCGCUACAUGCUGGUGCGCUACGAGGACGUGGCACGCAGACCGCUGCAGAAGGCCCGAGAAAUGUACGGCUUUGCGGGCAUCCCUUUGACCCCGCAAGUGGAGGACUGGAUCCAGAGGAACACGCAAGCGUCCCGAGACAGCAGCGACGUCUACUCCACGCAGAAGAACUCCUCGGAGCAGUUCGAGAAGUGGCGCUUCAGCAUGCCCUUCAAGCUGGCCCAGGUGGUGCAAGCUGCCUGCGGCCCGGCCAUGCGUCUCUUCGGCUACAAGCUGGCAAGCGAUGCCGCCUCACUCACCAACCGUUCUGUCAGCCUGCUGGAGGAGCGGGGCAUCUUUUGGGUUACGUAGUGGGGGAUGUCUGGAACCCUGGGAACCCCUUUUCGUGAAAGGCUGUCCCUGCUUUCCUCACAUCCAGCCUGUCCAGUGAGACAGCUCUGGCAGAGUCAAAAUGGGGAGCUAUGACGGGAGCAUAGCCCCUGGAUGUCGCAGUGGGCCUCCUGCCAUCUAGUUCCUUCCCUCCCCCCAUCCCCCGGGAACUCCAGCUAAGGCCUUGGGACUCCUCAGAGGAGAGCAGUGCCCUGUCUCCAUGGAGGUACUGAUCAUUCCCACACACCUUAUGACCUGCAGUGUCCAGAGCAAGCGCAAGUCAGUUCCUAUGUAUGAUUACACCUCCCUAAGUCCAAAUAUUUAACAAGCAGAAGAGGCGUAACCCUCUCCAGUCACUCAGACCUCCUCCUGGGUCAGGAAAGCCUGGGGUCUGGCUGAGUCCUUGGAAGGAGAAGGGCAGCCUAGGGUAAGAAAGAGGGCAUUUGAAGCUCCUCAGGGAACAACAGGCAACUCAAGGAGGGACUGGCCCUUAGCUCUACAUAGGCAUAAGUCUCCCUAGUGCUCUUGGAGAGUGUGGCCCUGUUUCAUCUGGGGACUGCCAGCAGGAAGAUGAAGGCCACCAUGGGAAGAAGGAGAAAAUAAAGAGCAGCCAUUGAGCAAAAUGACAUCACCAUGAUAGGAGAGAGGGGGAAGGGUAUGCAGGAAACAUCCUACGCAGGGGACCAUCCAAGAGAGACAACUGGCAAGCACAAUAAAGCCACCACGAUCAUGCACCAGUGCAAGUAGACAGUAGGACAAUAGGAAAGACACAGAAUUGUGUGGGCAACGAGCAUGCAUUUGUGCAUGAAUUCUUUCCUGCAUGCACCUGUGCGUGUGUCUGUGCCUCUGUGUGUUAAAUAGGGUCUCAUUUAGCCCAGCCUUUGUAGGCAGGUGUGAACUUGACCUUGACUUCCCGGUCUUCCUGCUCCUACUUUCCCUGUGUUGGCCUCAUACCAUACCUUCCUCAUGUGAUACCAGCGAUUGAUCACAGAGUUUCAUGCGUCCUAGACAACCCUCUAUGAAUCUCCUGAACUACAUAUUCAGCUCGUGGGACCCAGAAUUUCAAUAAGAAUCUGGGGGCAACACAACUUGGUCCCUAAUAGUUACGUAAGCUCAUGUGUACCCAGUAUCCAGACUACUGUGAACUCAAGUCAUCUGAUGAAUAUGACUGUCUUCCCAAGGUGAUGUGACCUCAUCCUAUGUAAAGAGAUGCCUCUAUGACUGUCCUUCAUCAAGCAGCUUUGCAGAGUUCUGCUGUCCCAGUGUCCUGCUUUUCCAGGCUUUUGCUGAGUAGUGGGCCCAAGGGCUGGUCUCUGCUCAACUCCCUGGACCAUUGUGCCUGAUGUUCUAUGUUUCUCUGGAGGGACUACCCUGACCCUUGGGUUCUGAAAACAAAAGUUUCCUUCCCUUUCAGUUGACACUCAGGACAGUAGAACAGUAGGAUAGCCACACAGAAUUGUGUGUGAAUUUCUGCAUGCAUUCAUUAAUUCACAUAUGCAUGCAUAUGUGCAUGUGUGGGUGUGUUUUAGACAAGAUCUCAUUUAGCCCAGCCAUAAAAUUUUGCUUUGUAGGCAGGUAUGACAUUGACCUUGACUUCUUGAUCUUUGUGCCUAUACUUCCCCUGUGUUAGUCUCAUACCAUACAUUCUUUAUGUGGUACCAGGGAUUGAACACAGAGCUUCCUGCUUCCUAGACAACCCUCUAUCUAUCUUUGGGACUACAACCUCAGCUACUGGGACCCUGAAUGUCAGUAUGAAUCUGGGGGCAACACAGCUCAGUCUCUAACACUUACUUAAGGUUAUGUGUAGCCAGUAUCCAUAAUAAUGCAAACUCAAGUCAUCUGAUGAAUGUGUGGAUAAGGUGAUGUGACCUCAUAGUAUGUUAAGAGAUGAUUCUGUGACUGCCCGUCAUCAAUCAGCUUUAUGAAGUGUCCUACUUUUCCAAGUUCUGGAUGAAUACUGGGCAUGAG